AUGUACGGUACGUUGAGAUAUGGUUGCGUAACUCUUAAUCUAUCCAGGAGAUUAAAUAAGUAUUACUUAAAGUCAAUUGCUAUCGUCUACCAGUGCAAUGAAUUCGCAGAUGCCGUUUCUGACAUAGAUGUAAUCAGUCUGGUUUGGAAAACCUACGAACAAGAUUCAAAUGAAAACUGA